AUGAAACUACCGUUUGUUGAUCAACACGAUGAUGACGACAAAGGCAGCAAUAGCAGAGAUGGAGGACAGCCAAAGAUGGUCAUCAGGGAAAGGAUUUUCCAUUUCUCUUCAGAAUCAGUUGCUAAACUCAAAGCGAAAGCAAAUGCCGAAUGUUGUGGUGGUAUGAUGAGAAGCAUUUCAUCUUUGCAGGCAUUGUCAGCUCAUAUUUGGAGAUCUGUCUCUUGUGGCGAACUGCUGGAAAAGAGCCUUGGAUGGGCUGCGCUGUUAUUGCAUGAGGUGGUUAACAGUAAAACAGAUAAAACUGCUCGUGAUUAUAUCGAAUCAUGGAGGGCGCCGGCAUCACUUGUCGCGCGCCUUGGGUUAAGUACUGAUGCGUCUAAUACUAGCAGUGGCAUACUUUUGGCAGGAUCUCCAAGGUUCAACAUGUAUGGAGUUGAGUUUGGUCUCGGAAAAGCCCUACCUAUUCGAAGUGGAAUUGGUAAUAAGUUUGAUGGGAAAAUCACUGUGAAUCCUGGGAUUGAAGGAGGAGGCAGCAUGGAUUUAGAAAUCUGUCUUGCGCCUCAUAUGUUCAAAUCCAACCGGACUGACACAGAAAUCGCCCCACCUCCUACAUAUGACAAGCUGUUUCCUGAGGGAAUCAGUCCCCUUCUGAAGCUAACAUUUGUUGAUCAGCAUUAUGAUGACCAAAACAGCCAGUAG